AUGCUUCACGCUGUGUCCUUGGAUGCCCGGCCCGUGCUGAUCCCUCUCCUGACGUCGGUGAUCUGCUUCCCCGUCGUGGCACUGGCUGUGAUCUGUGCGCUGCGCUAUCGGGCACUGAGGCUGCGCCGAAAGGAGCACAUGAGCAGGCUUCGUGGAGGAGGGAUGCGGGCGGCACGGCUGGAGAUCCCGGGUCGCGGAGGCGAGAGGCCAUCCUUCUUCUCCCGUGACUCUUCGUCUGGCGACACAAGCUCCCGGCCUCCCAACAACAUUGAGGAAGACCCGCGAACCACUGGACCCGCCGCCUCGUCUUCCUCAUCUUCAUCGGGAGAGAACUACGAGGAUGAGCUGGACUUUGCCCGCGAACUGGCGUCUAGCAAACGAAAGUCCCUGGCCGGGAGCAGUUCCCGUCGCAGUAGCCGCGUCACUUUUGGCGCCGCGGCCGCCAUCUUGCAAGUGCCCGGUAUUCCCAGCCCUCGGUCGGGCUCACCGCGGUCCGGUUCGCCGCGCUCAACUUCGCCUCGCUCGAGUUCACCGCGCUCAAGUCCGUACCCUCGCUCGGGCUCGGUUAGCUUCUUCGCCGAACCCAGCUUCAUCCAGGACGUGGUGAAUGACUACGACGACGACGCAGACGACGAGGACGACCUGGAGGCCACUGACUGCCCCGUGGACUCUAGGUAGCCGCGGCGAGGCGGCGGCGACGCGCCCGCCGCCUGUUUGGUGGUGCUGCCGUGUUCCGGGUCGUCCCGGAUUGGCGUUGCUCUAGCGUCUGGCACCGGGAUGCUGGAGACGCUGCUUUGAGCAUUCCUCCCAGGAUGAGGGCGCCGACUCACAUAGGAAGGAAACUGAUGUGCGACCACCAAUCCACUAACCACGCAAGGCCACAAACAUAUUUAGAAACACAACGGCCAUGGGGCCAGCAGGCAGAC